GACAACGUAAAGGAGUAUUAAGCGCCCAAAUACUGAAAUAUAGGUAAUAUUAUGUUAUUAUUAUUUGGGAACAUGGAAAAGGUUAUACUUUCGCUGUUGAUAUUCGUCUGUCAUUCCCAUCAGAUGCCACAGCUCGACGUAGACGUAUUUACUACAACAGAGACGACCGAUACUACCACUGAAAAUACCAAGAGCUUGGAAAAAAUUCCACGAGUUACCGAAGAGAGUAAAAGUUUGGAAAAAAGUUCACUAGUUACCGAAGACACUGCGGUUUCGGUUCAAACGACUGUUAACUUUUCGUCGUAUAGUCCUAGUGAGGUUUUCGAAGACUUCAAGCCCAGCAAUUAUUACAGGCCCGACGGUAAUCCUAUAUUCGAAAGGCCUAGUCCACAAGUCACUAACGAAGUUUUUCACAAACCUGAAUACUUUGCAAGACCCAAUCAACAAACAUAUCAUCAAUUGCCACCGAAACCAAACGACAGCAAUGUAGUUUUUCCCCAAGCGACCCAAGAACAUUACUACCAAUAUUCACAUCAUGACAAUCGAUCUAACGGGCCGGAGUCUAGGGGCCCGUAUACGUUUACCGAAGUCUUACCUCAGCCGCAGUCCAAGCCGAUGAAACACGAUUUCGGCGGGACGCAGCACACUAGUGCUUACGACUAUAACUCCUACGAAAGACAUUUCGGCAAAUAUCACGGGAACGAGAUGUCACAAUAUCCAGGCAUAAUACACGAACCACCAAAAAUUUAUCACAGCGUCACGACACAUAAAAAAGACCCCUGGAAGAGCAUGCUCAAGGUGUUGGCCACUAUUCUGCCGGUUGGUCUGUUGCUUGCUUCCUUUCCGCCGACCGUCAUCAAAGUGGAUUCCAAACAAUACCCCUACCAGUUCCAAAAGAAUUCGUCGACAUUCAGCCCAAAUGUUAUUACAGGGAAGAACUCGUAUAAGGCAUUGAGAAAGACGAGCACGGGAUUGAAAACUGACGGAGAAGACAAAUCGCACGGACAUUUAGACGAUUGUUUAAAAAAAAAAAUAUGCGAAACUCUUAAGAGUAACUAUUCGCAUAUUGAAUUGGAAACUCUACAGCAAAACUAUCAGUUAAACUGGACCGCGGACAAUAGCCCAACGAUGCUGGAAAUUGCAAAAGCAGCCGCGUCCGCAGAGCCGGAAUCGUGUCAAGUAUUCGUUUGCAGUGAUUGAACUAGCUGGGCGUCGCUGUUGCGUUGUUUAUUAUAUAUAGUAUAUACAUGUAUUAUUAUAUAUAGGUACUGUCUGCAAUAAUAAUAAUAAUAAUAAUAAUAAUA